UUCGGAGCGGAUAUGACAAUUUUCUGUUGCUGUUUUCACUGUGAGACGAGUCUGCCUUGAAAGUGCAUCAAUAAGAGCGAGCCGUCCUCUUUCAGCAUGCUGCAAGCCACUAUUCUGAUAACGACAUCGUGCCUUGUGGCUUCGCAGAAAACCAGCUGACAUCGCGAGAGUGAUCCAAGAAUUAUAACUGAAGCUUUUGGAUUAAAAAAUGAAGAGGUUGCUUUCCGAUUGAAGGGAUUUUCACACUAAGAUCCGUCAGAGCUCUAAGUGUGAAGAAAAGGUGAAGUCACACAGGGAAGAAGGACUUAGAGACCAUGGAGCAAAGAAUGGUCCGAAUUAAACAAGAGGAGUGUGAAGAGGAUCCUUUCCAUGCUGCACAACAGGGUCUCUGCAUAAAGCAGGAGGAGACGGAAUUGGUGAAUGCUAACACUGAAGAGAAACAGUUUGAGAACAAACUCCUGUUUGUUAAAGUGGAGGAUAUUGAGAAAAUGUCUACUGGCUUUGAAAUACUCGGUCAUGGAAUUGUAGACACUCUCCGAAAGGACCUGUCCAAUGAGAAUCGCUUCAUGAUAGUGCAAUGUCCUUCAGUAAAACAAGAGGUGGCUGACUUUGUGUCCCUUCAGAGGACUGAGAGAUCUCUUCUGCUGCAGUCCAUCCACGUUAAACCUGAAACCUUCAAGUAUGAUGACAAAAUGAUGAUGGAGAUGUGGCGUAGAAGAGAAGAACAAGAACAGCCAUCAUCUGUAAGGCACACAGGAACAAGUUUACAGAAAAAUAAAAGCUUCUCCAUAUCUCCCUUUACUAUGGGUGCUCAACAACUGAGAAAUAUGAGAGAAAUGAUAUUCAUGGAAGAACCUAAGAAUUCAAUAUCCUCACAAUGCAAUAAAAGAUUUCCAGAGAUGCAUAGUCUUCCAAAGGACACAGAAAGGCAUACAGAUUUCUCAGAUAUGGCCAGUGCUCAGGAACACACUCAGGUAAACGCAAGAGAGAAGCAACAUCACUGUCCUGAGUGUGGCAAAGGAUUCUUGUACUCUAGGGAUCUUCAGAGACAUUCAAAAAUUCACACUGGGGACAAGCCCUAUUACUGUCUUGAAUGCAGAAAGCGGUUCUCAUGCAAAAGUGGUCUUCAAGCUCACAAGAAAAUUCACACAGGGCCAGAGAUCCACUGUUGUUCAGAAUGUGGUAAGCAAUUCUCACGUCGAAAUUGCCUUCAAAAACAUAAAACUAUUCACACAGGAGAGGGCGUGUAUUCCUGUUCAGAAUGUGGUAAACGAUUUGCAUACAGAAUGAGUCUUCAAAAUCACAUUCGACUUCACACUGGAGAAAAGCCACAUAGCUGUGAAGCAUGUGGCAAGCGAUUCACUGAAAAAAGUAGCCUCCAUAGACAUAUGUGGAUUCACACAGGAGAGAAGCCGUAUUGUUGUUCUGAAUGUGGAAAGAAAUUCUCACGAAGGAACAGUCUUCAGGCACACAAGAAAGCUCAUAUAGGAAAGGAAAUGCAUUGCUGUUCUCAAUGUGGUAAGCAAUUUCCACAUCGAAAGAACCUUCAUAGACAUAUAAGAAUUCAUACUGGAGAAAAGCCACAUUGCUGUACUGAAUGUGGCAAGCGAUUCUCAGAGAUAAGUAGCCUCCAGAAACACACAUGGAUUCACACUGGGGAGAAGCCACAUUGCUGUUCUGAAUGUGGAAAACGGUUUUCUUCCUUUGGGGAUCUUCAGAGGCACACCAGAAUUCACACUGGAGAAAAACCAUACUGCUGUGCUAAUUGUGGUAAAUGCUUUUCACAAAUAGGCAAUCUCACAAUGCACAUGAAAACUCACACAGGAGAAAAGCCACAUUGCUGUUCAGAAUGUGGCAGUCGAUUCUCAGAAGUAAGUAAUCUGAAGAGGCACAUGAGAAUUCAUACUGGCGAGAAACCACAUUGCUGUUCUAUUUGUAGUAAGCAAUUCUCACAAAUUUGCAACCUUCAGGUGCACAUGAGGAUACACACAGGAGAGAAGCCACAUCGCUGUUCAGAAUGUGGCAAAGUCUUCUCCCAUAUAAGCAGCCUUAAGAAUCACAGAAGACUUCACACAGGAGAGAAGCCACAUUCAUGCUCUGAAUGUGGGAAACAAUUCUCACGCACAAGCAAUCUUCAGGCCCACAUGAAAGUUCACACAGCACCAAAAAAAAUGUUCAGGACCUUCUAGAGGUGACACCAGCAUAACAGAACAAUGCAAGAGCAACACUGUGCACCUGAAGUACAGUAUACCUGAAAAGGGAUGGUAUGAUUUGAAUGGUCUGUUGUACAAGAUGUAUUUCAUCUUUGACCUAAGCUGCUUUCUGGGGCAGCCACAGCUUCCCAGUGACCCUGCUGUGGAUAAGCAUGUUUGGAAGAUGGAUGGAUGAUUUAUAUUCAAGGUGUCCCUCCUGCCUGGAUGAAGGUCCCAACCCAGAGAGUAGCCACACAACUGGUUCACUUUUCAGCAGCAGAAAGAGACUGAAUUGCUGAGUUGACUGUGGGAAACAAUUACUACAAAUAAACAAUUAUCCAUGAUACAGAAAACUUUGGAAAGAGUGUUCAGUCCACUAAGUUUCUCUCUCAGUAACAUUCAGUGUUGGUCAUCCAUGGCUGGUGUACUGUUCUAUGAAAAACAAUUGGAUGAUAGUGCUAAGGUAAAAAAAAACUCCUGAUGUAAGUGAUGAAAUGCAGCAAAACUGACAGAAAAGAGAAACCGUCACUUAGAGCGAUUUACAAAUAAACACUGAGUCACUUGCGCAAAGUAAGAUUUUACCAGGGUUGAAAUAAAAGCAACUUUGAAAUCUUUAUGUAUUACAUGGCCUUAAAAACAUGAAGCAUUGUUGAAAAGUAUAAUCUUAUAUAUUUAUGAGACAUUUUAAUAUCUUAAUUACUCUGAUAAAGGAAAAUGUGUGUUCAGAAAAUCUUGGGUGAUUUUCCAUGUGUUCUGUCAUUGUUACUGUCAUUUCAGUGUACACAUACUGUAUGUGCACUUGUUUUGAA